AUGAUUUUGAAGUCUUUUUUUUCCACUUCAACAGUUUUUCAAAAUUGUUAUAGAGCUUCAUUAUCAAAAAUUGGAAGACCAAAAUAUGUAAGAGAUUAUAUUGUAGAAAUAUUAAAAGCUGAUGGAUCUAUUGUGCUUGGUAGAGCAUCUGAACCAUUUCAUUUACUACAACUUCCUGUAGAUAUAAAAACAUUAAAUGAAGAAGAACGUAGAGAAAAACUUGCAUUAAGAAAACCAAAAGCAAAAAAAAUUCAACAAGAAACAAUUGAUGAUAAUUUUGAUAUAGAAUCCUAUGAAAAGUUAUGGAAAAAUUAA